CCCUGCUUGGGUUUUGGGCACUGUGGUUCUACUGGGAGAGGAUCUUGCUUGAUCUCUCUGCACCUCUCAUCAGGCAGCCCAGCACUGCCGGAACAAGCAAUUCCCAGAGCACGGCGUGGCUGCUGACAGCAGAGAGCUGCUUUUCCAGCCUGCACCGAGGCAUCAAGGCACAGUGCUGGUGGAUUAUGACCGCAGGGGAGCUGUGGCCGUGCCCAGGAAGCCACAUUGAAUCUACACAUCCCCUUCGAGCAUCAAGGGCAGCUGUGAGCAGAGCCCCUGUGGAGACCGAAGAGCUGGAGAGGACAGUGCGGAGGUCUGGAGGCGCCCCGUGAUGGUGGGAGCCUGUCCCCGGCAGCCAGGCCGCUUUUGGGGGGUGCCCGGCUGGCAGGUAUCAUCAGCUGCUUGUGCCAACAAUUCUCCGCUGCAGGACGGGGAGCCCAGGCUGGAGCAGAGCGGGGUCCUGCUGCAGAGGGAUGCUGUGUUGCAGCGCACUCCGUAGCAGAGGGUUCACCCGGACGUCCUGAGCAGGGUGGCUGCAGCUCCUACCCGCAGCCUCCUCACAGCCACCCCGCGCGCUUCACGUCCCUCCCCUGCUGCCGUAUGGGCUGCUCUGACUCGGGCUCCGCUCGAGCUCCAGCCAAGUGAGGCUCCAUGCGGCACAUCCACGCGGAGACGGCCCUGCCCCCAGGGCGCAGCGCGGACUCUGACCUGUCCCGGCCGCGGGCAGAGGCGGCCUUGGAGCCUUCCUCGCAGCGCUGCGCUCGCCGCAGCAUCCUCAUGGGCUACAACGAGACAGAGAUCAAGCGCCAGAAGGUUUACCAGGUCUCCAUCUUCUCCCACCUCUCCAGCUCCUCCGAGGGCACGGAGCAACGGACAGGCGGCCGGGCAGCCAUUAAGCGGGGAUACCCCGAGCAGCGAACUCCGGAAGGGACGCGGGAUCCCAAACGAACUCCCUGGGGCGGCGGGGGCGCCGAGGGCAGGCGGGAUGGGGGGCCUGGGCAAGGUUCCCCGGAUGAUGACGAUGCCUUUGAGGACGGCCUGCUGGUGGAGGAGCUGUCGCUGUGCGGCUCCGCGCAGCACUUCUCGCACAGCGGGCUGCGUGUGGUGGAGCACCGCUGCGAGGGCAGCCCGAGCCGCAGCCCCAAGGGCGCCACAGGGGACAGGUUGCCGGAUGCCUCGGCCUCCUGGCCACAGCACGUUGCUUGCAGUACUUUGCACACGAGGGACAGUUGUCCCGACCUGCCAGGGCAUCAGCCUGGAGACUGCGGGGAGAACGGGGAGCGGGCGAGUGGCCACAACCUACUUGAACUUGAAUUGCACCAUAUUGCACAACCCCCCCAGGCAGACUCUGGUGGGAAGAGAGAGAAGGUGGGGGAGAGCCCUGCUAAGCCAGACAGCAGGACUGGCAGAGAGGGGGAGUUGCCAGUGACGGCCAACGGGUGCAAGGAGCCGCCAGCCGCUGAGCCAGUGCUCAGCCCCGAGCCGAGCAGCCGGAGCCCCUUGGAGAAGACGCCCUGCGGGAGCAGCCGGCUCGGCGGGAGCAGCUGCCCAGCCAAACGGAAGCUGCUGCCAGCUGGGGAGGCCGCGGCUGACUCCUGCUCCGAGGACGAGAGCCUGUCCGUGCCGGCGAGGAAGAAGAGGGCCCUGCCGUGCCACCCCGUGCCCACGGCGUGCCGCAGCACCGAUGCCAAGGGUGCCCCUUUCUGGAACCACCUGCUGCCGGCGGCCAAGAGCUCUGCAGAUUGCACUGCGGUCGGGAGGAGGCUGAAGAGUGGGCUGCGCCUCAAAUCGCGGCAUCUCCGCAGCAGCCUCCGGAGGACGACCCGCUCCUCCGCGGCCUCCUGGGCCACCACCACUGUCAGUCACGCUCUGCUGGGCAACUUUGAGGAGUCUAUCCUGAAGGGCCGCUUUGCACCGUCGGGAAGGAUCGAGGGUUUCACCGCUGAGAUCGGAGCCAGUGGCUCCUAUUGUCCCCAACAUGCCACCCUGCCCGUCGACGUCACCUACUUCGACAUCUCCGAACACAGCGCGCCCUCGCCCUUCCUGGGAGUGAUUGAUUUGGAGGCCUUGGGAAAGAAGGGUUACAGUGUCCCCAAAGCUGGAACCAUCCAAGUGACCUUAUUUAACCCCAACAAGACUGUGGUGAAGAUGUUCUUGGUGACGUACGACUUCCAGGACAUGCCGGCCAACCACAUGACCUUCCUGCGCCACCGCAUCUUCCUGGUGCCCGUGGGGGAAGAGGAGGGGGCUGCCGUGACCUCCAACCACCCCCCAGGCGCUGGCCAACCCCGAAGGGUCCUCUGCUACCUGAUGCACCUGAGGUUUCACAGCUCCAAGUCGGGGAAGAUCUACCUUCAUGACACCAUCCGGCUGCUCUUCUCCCGCAAGUCCAUCGAGGUCGACUCGGGGAUCCCCUAUGAACUGAAAUCCUUCACGGAGAUGCCAAGGAACCCUUGCUACUCGCCCUGGGUCUGAGCGCGGAGCCGCCUGACCUGCUGUGUGACCCAGAGCUGCUGGGGAGCAUCCAGCCCCGUGCUUCAGAGUGAGACAAGAAGAGGGCCCGAGAGCGACACCGCCUUGGAGCAUCGUCCUGCUCCCCUGGCCACGUCCUGCCCUGCGUCAUGGACACGGGGCCCUGCCCUGGGGCAGGGCUGCGAUUUCCAAGGGGGGUUGCCAGCAGAGGCUGAGGCCGGGGAGCAGUCCCUGUGCUCCAGGGCUGGGUCCUGCCCCUGCUGCUC